AUUGACCAGGGAAACGGGAGAAUUAGUUAGGAAAACUCAGGGGAUUCUUCCAUCAGUUGAGAAGGUUGCAGGAGACUCUCUGUACAGGAUCAUACACUUAAUACAUUUAGACAUUUUAUUUCAUUAAUUCAAAGAAAAAGGCAAUUCAAUUUAGAUUUGUUUUGUUGUUGAAAGAUUCCACAUUUGCAAUUUACCUGCGCGCUCCGCGGCUCCGGGGACGCAGUUGACUUGGAGAGAGAGUUAUACAGAGAGGAUAGAAUCUCUCCAAUAUUGCAUUAUUACUGAUUACAGGCAAAGCAUAACUUUUAAAGUUGCAUCAUGCCAUUUUUCAUUUCAUUGUGUUUGUACCUUUGGCUGGGGUUGUUACCUGGCCGGACAAGUACAGCCGUGAAUGAAGACAUUGAAGUAUUGGUGAUGUUGCCCAAAAAUAACUCGUAUAUGUUCUCAAUAGCAAGAGUGGCACCGGUCAUCGAGUAUGCAAAGCAGGGGUUGAAAAUCGGCGGCGGUCUGUAUUCGGGACUUAAUUUCAAAGUGCGUUAUGAGGAUUCCGACUGUGGCAAUGAUGCACUCUUCUCCCUGGUGGACCGUUCCUGCGAGAAGAAACCGGACUUGGUGCUCGGUCCGGUGUGUGAAUACGCCGCGGCGCCGGUUGUAAGGAUGGCAUCUCACUGGAACAUCCCGGUAAUAUCGACAGGUGCUCUGGCCAGCGGUUUUAGAGACAAAGAGAAAGAAUACUCUCACCUGACCCGAAUCUCCCCGUCUUACCUAAAAAUGGCAGAGACUUUCUUGGCGAUGUUCCGUCAUUUCAACUGGAAAGACGCGUUGCUGAUCUUCGAUGACGAUAAGAAGGAGAGGAAUUGUUACUUCACUAUGGAAGGGGUGCACCUCAAACUCAUGGAGGAAUAUCAGACUGUCACCUAUGCCAUCAACUCGAAAGAUGAGCGCUUGAACACAGACGAAAUCAUCAAAUAUAUCUACGAGAGUGAAGUUGUUAUCAUAUGUGCGGGAGCUGACAUCGUCCGAGACAUCAUGCUAGCUGCUCAUCGACGGAGGCUCACUAAUGGCAGCUACAUCUUCUUCAACAUCGAACUCUUCAACUCCACAUCUUAUGGCAACGGCUCGUGGAAGCGAGGGGAUAAGCACGACAGUGAGGCGCGACAAGCGUACUCUGCCCUCAACACGGUCACGCUGCUCCGGACGGUCAAACCAGAGUUUGAGAACUUCUCUCUAGAGGUCAAGAGGUCCAUUCAGAAGGCUGGCCUACCGGACUGUGACGACUGUGACAACAUCAACAUGUUUAUGGAAGGGUUCCAUGAUGCAUUGCUGCUGUACGCCCUGGCGCUGCACGAAGCCAUCAGGAACGGCCUCACCAAGAAGGACGGAGCAGAGAUCACCUAUCGCAUGUGGAACAGAACAUUUGAAGGCAUCGCAGGUCAGGUGUCUAUGGACUUCAACGGGGACAGAUACGGAGACUUCUCUGUGAUGAGCAUGACCAACACCGAGGCAGGCACCUAUGAGACGGUGUGUAACUACUAUGGUGUGAAGGAUAGUUUCCAGAUGCUUCCGGGGUUCAAUCCUGACCACUUCACCCUGAGAGGACUACACAGAGUCUCCCACGCAGACCUGCCAGACAAAUCAUCAGGUGGACUAGGAGUAUCUGCUGUUACUGGGAUCAUAGUGGGAGCCCUGCUAGGGACAGCACUGCUAAUGGCCUUCUACUUCAUCAGGAAGAACUACAGGAUAACCAUUGAGAGGCGCACGGCGAGGGAGGAAUGUGACAUUGGGAAGCACCGUCAGUUACGAGAGGAUUCUAUCAGAUCUAACUUCUCGGCAGCGUAGAGCAUCACGGCGGUUACCAUCCGUUGCUCCUGACGUUCCCGUUCCAGGGAAGCAAGAA